ACGUGUGCUUGGUAGUACUCAGCCUUGACUGUUUGGAGCGGAUGUUGGACACAGCGGCUGCCAGCCCGAGAGACGGUGCAGGCGGCCAAGGAGUGGACGACACUCGAACGGGAAAUCAACAUUAAAUGAUUUACAAGUGUUGAUAUACACGCGGAAUCACGAGGACUUAACGUUAGCGGCCAAGCGGAGGCGAGGUGGAAGCCGGACAGGCGGGGAAGCGACGGAGCCACAGUCCGGGAACCCAGCUACCAGCAAUAGAACCGAAUCAAGCAGAACCCAAGAAGACUUUAAGACGCUGGUCCACCCGACGGGGCUCCAGGUCCCAGGAAGAGUCACCAUGUCCCGGAGGAAGCAGAGCAAACCCCGGCAGAUAAAGCGUUCCCUUGGUGAGCUUGACAGCAACGAUGACAGCACUCUUGACGACCUGAGCCUUUCUGGGGAGGAGGCAGAGGCCUCAGACCCAGAUGAUUCAGCAGAGGGUGAAAGCAGCACUCCUCCAUCAUAUACGCCACUGUACAAUGAAGAGUCCGGGACGCAGAACACACACAGAGGCCCUGAAGAAGAUGGGGAAGAGCAAGGUCUCGCGCACAGUGGUGGAAAAGAAGAUGAGGAGGGGGAGGAAGACGAUAAAGUGUUGCAUUGGAAUGGCCCCGAUGAGCUGGAAUUCGGUGGAGAAGGCAGUGUUAGCAGGGUCGUUGCUCGCCGGGACCUUCAAAUAGACACUAAGUGGGGCCCCUUUCCUGGGAUCCUCCAAUUAAAAGGCAACACAGAUGAUGCGGAGUCAGAGAUUUCAAGGUGGGCCUUGGUGUGCGAUGACCCAGAUUGUUGGAUUACCUGUCUUGCUUUGACGACUGACCCAUCGGAUGCAAACUGUACGAUCUAUAGCCAAGGUGAGGAGCUAUUCUGUAAGGUGACCAAAGAAAUCUUGGUGGGGGAAAGACUCCUGGCCAAACUGUUGCUUCCUCCAAAACCCUCAUCCCCUGUGGGCAGGGCUUCGCCUCUACUCAACCUUGUUAGCCAGAAAACUUCAGUGGUAAAGGAGGAGCCACUCUAUCCUGCAGCGCUUCACACGGACAUCCAGCUCCUCCCACAGCAAGCGGGCAUGGCUGCUAUUUUGGCCACUGCUGUUGUCAAUAAGGAUAUUUUCCCAUGCAAAGACUGUGGGAUUUGGUACAGAAGUGAAAGGAACCUGCAAGCCCACCUCAUGUACUACUGCGCCAGCCGACAGAAACAGCCCGCUGCCGCUUCAACCCCACCACAAGACAAACCCAAGGAGUCCUAUCCCAAUGAGCGUGUAUGCCCCUUUCCUCAGUGCAACAAGAGCUGCCCCAGUGCAAGUUCACUGGAGAUUCACAUGCGUACACACAGUGGGGAGCGGCCGUUUGUCUGCCUCAUCUGUCUGUCGGCCUUCACCACAAAAGCAAACUGUGAGCGCCAUCUGAAGGUCCAUACUGACACACUAAACGGUGUGUGUCAUGGCUGUGGCUUCGUCUCGACUACAAGGGAUAUUCUUUACAGCCAUUUAGUCACGAGUCACAUGGUGUGCCAGCCUGGAUCUCGCAGUGAGGUCUACUCUCCUGGGCCAGGCCUUCCUAAGCUGCCCUCGUCUAUUGUUCUCAGCCCAGGAGACUCUGGCGUUGUGCUAAAGUGUCAAGUCUGUGGCCACAACUCUGAAUCCCCUUCCCAGCUGCAGCAGCAUGUACAAACCCACCUAGAAGUGCGAGUCCCGACUGAAAGGAGCCCCACCCCUCGUCAAAGUACCCAAGUUGACCAGCUUCAAUCAUCGACACCUGAGGGAGAGCCUUUAGGCUGUGUCCCUAAGCCAGAUUCAUCCAGUCCUGGUGCUAAUGGGGGCUCUGCCACACCACGAGGCUGCAGUCUCUCUGAUGUUCAAACCAACAACAACCUUAAGAUCAAGGUAGAGCCUCAAUCAGAAUCUGAGACAGAAGAGCAGAUGGAUGUUAAAGAGCGUAGCGAGAAAGCAGGCCAGAAAUCAGAGGGGACGACAAAUGAGAGUCAAACUACAAACCUAAUUUGUCAAACAUCAAAUUCUCCAAAGAGCCCGGCUACCACAGUAGUAAAAGCAGAACCAACGAGUCCUACUCCCGGUUGUAGCCCAACUCAUAUUGGCGGUGCUGGCUCAGUUUUCCCAAGUGGAUCAAUGUUUUUGCCUCAGUACAUGUUUAACCCCGAAACAGCCAUUUUGCCCCAGGCCUCAGAGAUUUUGGCUAAAAUGUCUGAGAUGGUUCACAGUCGACUGAAGCAGGGACAGACAGUUCCUCAAAACACCCCAACCGCCUUCUUCCCCUCUGCGCCAACCGUUCCAACAGCCACAGCAACUCCGCCUCAAAAAGGAGCCACCUGCUUUGAGUGUGACAUUACAUUCAACAACAUAAACAAUUUCUAUGCACACAAGAGGCUUUACUGCUCCAGUCGACACCACGGAGAAGGAACCACCUCAGCUUCAGAUCCAGGAUCAGCAAGGGAUACUCCCCCAGCCACGCUGCCUUCUAGAAAGGCACAAGAUUCAUCAGCAUCUCCUUGUGAUGGAGCAGUGAGCAGAGCAGCUUCGGCCUCACCUUUUGACACUGACCCGGCGGCAGAAAGCGGAGCAACAGAAAUGAGGAGAGUUUUGGAAGUGAAGACCGAAACGCCAUCGGGCAAGGAAGGAAUGUCGUCCUCUUCUGAAGGGGAGGGUAUAGGCAGUGGAGGAGGAAGAACAAGUGAGGAUAGCCAGAGUCCUGUCAGUGGGUCUGUUGAAGACCUGGAAGAUGAUCCCAACCGAACCUUUUGUGAGGCCUGCAACAUCCGCUUUAGUCGCCAUGAAAACUACACUGUUCACAAACGUUUCUAUUGCGCUUCACGCCACGAUCCAUCCAACCAGCGAUCCACACACAUGGCCAAGGCAAACACCACAGCAGCCUUCCAACCCCAGCCAUUCCGCACACGCAAGAGGAAGAAGAUGUAUGAGAUUCACAUGGCAAGAACUGAAGCCUUAGCCGCUGCCGCUGCUACUGUUGCUGCAGCUGCCUCCGCUCCAUCUCCAUCAGUUCUUGGCCUGGCGGUGAAACAAGAAGUUUCUCCCAAUGGAGAAGAAAACUCCAGCCCUGAAGGAGAUGGUCCGAUUGAUUUGAGCAAAAGGCCUCGCCUGGUAGAACUUCCACGGGACGGUACUAGCAGUAUUCUUCCCGUGUUGCCGCUCACUGAUUACCACAAGUGCACCGCCUGUAGUAUCAGCUUCAACAGCAUUGAAAAUUACUUGGCACAUAAAACCUACUAUUGCCCUGCCACCAGCCUCCAAAAGCACACCUUAGAGCAGCUCCACAGACUCAAAAGAUCGGCCUCUACCUCUCCCAAAAGAAAGUCUCACCAGGAACGCCAAGAUCUUCUGCAUCCAAUAGAAGCUAAGGCGCUCCCUGCAGAGUGGAUUAGACAAGCUCAAGGUUCCUCGCCUAGUCCCCACAUCUCAGCCUUACCUGCCUCGGAUGCCACGUCUCCGCCUAAUACAGCAAGCACGCUUGCAGCGACACCGGGAGCAGGCGCUAAAAGUGGUAGCACGGCUUCUUCUCAGAUGGUCUGUCCAUAUUGUCCUAGCAGGACCAUCACAUGUGAGCUAAUUGAGCAUUUCAAGACUAUGCAUGGUCUGGUUGUAUCAAAGAAGUCCCUCCAAGAGGCUCAACCCCUUCAAGGCAGACUAGUUAGUCCCAGUUCCAGCCUUAGUCCCAAAGAUGGAGUCACAGCCACCACCUCCAAUAAUCCGAGAUCAGGCUCUCACAUUCACAGAGAUACUACUAAUGGGAAGGCAAGUAGGGAAACCACUUCUCCCUCCUCUCCUCUGGCAAAUGGAAGCCCCUCCGGUGGAAGUGAAUCCCCAUCAGCCGGUUUACCUUUACCCAUAUCCCCUUCAGUGGCUCCCCCUCUGACUUUGUCACCUGUGCCUGACCUCCGAAGAGAUACAGUUGGUACAUCCCUAAUUUCAGACAAGGCUUCGCCAACUGUUGCCUCCCAUUCCCUCCCUGCAUCCCAAACUGCUGCCAUCCCCGGUCCUAAAAGCCCGGUCAUCUCCCCGGUCCAGAACGGUAACUCCCGCUACUGCCGGCUGUGCAACAUUAAGUUCAGCAGCCUCUCCACAUUCAUAGCUCAUAAAAAGUACUACUGUUCCUCCCACAGUGCUGAACACGUCAAGUGAGAUGAGUAUUUCUUCCUUCCUGAGUGAGUAGACGCUACUCCUCAAUUCUCUCCAAGAAAGCCCCCAUUCCCCUUUUCUGCGGACAGUCCUCCCAGACUGGUGCCAAAGUUGCACUUAGCUGGCAUGACCAUUAUCUGAAAGAAUGGCUGUUACUCCUCAGCAGGACUUGAUGUUCCUUUGCUCCUGAGCAGACUUUGCCAGUGGUGUUACUAAUGAUUAUUUUUCCUCACCUGUGAGUCUGCAAGUACACUAUGAGGUGAAAUGGAGCCUACCUAUGUGUCUACCUGCGCACUAAAGUGUGCCCUCGUCCCCUAGGUCAAUUUCUUGCCACCAAUCUAACAUUUCCCCAUUUCUCAAUAUUCCGCAUUGUGGGACGUUAAAAAGUUCUCUGUGAAAACGCUUAGUCUGUCUCUUCUUGUCGGAAAAACUCCAGUUCUAUUUUGACAAUUGACUGAAGUGAUCGUACAGGUCCAGAACUAAACAGCGAAAUAAUAUCCCUUGUAUGGAAAGACUUGAUCACGUUUAAUGUUUUUAUUAUCUGUGUAUAGUCUAUGAUGUCUAAAGAAAAGUUAUAUUAUUCAUUUGGUUUCAACACUGGCUCUUUUACGCUAAUUUUAAAAAAGCGGAAGCAAUUUUUAGUUGAAAAGAAAAAAUAUGUGGUAUGGAAUGUUACUACUUACUGAAGGAUAUUUCACAAUAGACAUUUUUUUUCAUAUACACAUGUUUUUAUUUUCUCUUAAAUGCAAGGGAGAGACAAAUGUGAAAUAUUUAUCUUGUAGUCCUCACUGAUUUCAUGUCAACAAAAAACUACCUACAUAUUGUGGAAGAGUAUUUUUAUUUGUUAUUUACUUAUUCUCAUGCUGUUAGAAGGAACUGUGUGGCUCUCGGUGUGAUGAAGUAUUUCUAGUGUAGAUAUCUAAUAUCUUCUCCCUGGGACUACGUCGGAUUUCAUUGUCAUGGAAGCCUUCAUUUGUUGUCUUUAUGUACUCUUUAUUUGACGGUGAUUCACCAGCAGCACCAAUAGAACCAUCACAAGACGUCGGAGUGCGGUUCUUAUAAUGAAGUCUCCUUCCAAUAGGCUAUAAUAGUCUCAUCCGGAAAUCUGGCUUUAUGUACCUGCAUCAUUUUAUUUGUCUUUUAAUGGAAUAUGAAGAAAAUCCACCCAUGCCUUCAAAGUUGAAUAUACUUUGUCAAAUAUUUUCCUGUCUCUUGCUUGCAUUUGCAUCCGGCAAAGAAUAGGGCAUGACCCAUCUCACGCACUUCAGAACAAACACACAGUGGUUCCUUGGUUUGUGUUUGGUCAUUCAUUCCCGAAGGUAAGACAGAUCCCAAAUUGUAUGAAAACGGAACACAAUUUCUCCCAUUAAAAAUAAAUCUAAAUCCAAUUCAUUUGUUCCAGACACUCAAAAAUGUAUACACAAAACAGUUAUAGUUAACCAUGUAUAAAAAUAAUUCAUGCCUAAUGAAAGUGAUAAGUCAACAAUUGACAUCCCUUUUACCUUUUUUGAAGGCUAUUGUUGUAAACAAAUUGGUCUCAUUUGACAUUAUUAAUCAAUAAAAGCACAGACUUGUGGUGUAAGUAACUACAGAGUCAACCAGUGAUUGUGUCACAGAGCUGGGGUAGAAUGACUUCUGUGUGAGGAGUUAUGACACGUUUGGUCAUAACAAUCAUGGUAUGAACACAUUUGGACACACUAGUAUUACUAAUAAAUCAAAUCAAAUCAGCCAAAGUGCUGUACAUUAGGCAGGUUAAAAGAUAAUACGAGGACCGAGCAAACAACACAACACAAACAGAACAUGAUAAAAAAAUAAGACCGCACUUGGCUCUCGAGCCGGCAGAAUAGUACGCGGGCAAACUGACUAGUUUCUUAGACCCUGUUUUGCCAUAUGCUAAACAAGACGGUGUGCAAAAACUGGGGAAAAUCUUUGUUGAAAACUGGUAGUGGUGCACAAAAACAAAGUUACCAAUUUAGGGAUGGGUACUGAAUCCAAUACUUACAUAAGUACUGACCUAAUUCUCUUUGUACUACCCAUCCAUCCAUCCAUCCAUCUUCUUCCGCUUAUCUGAGGUCGGAUCGCAGGGGCAGCAGCCUAAGCAGGGAAGCCCAGACCUCCAUCUCCCCAGCCACAUAGUCUUCCCAAUGUGACCUGGGUCUUCCCCGUGGCCUCCUACUGGUCGGACGUGCCCCAGGGAGGCAUUUGGGUGGCAUCCUGGCCAGAUGCCUAAACCACCUCAUCUGGCUCCUCUCAAUAUGGAGGAGCACAGCUUUUCUUUGAGUUCCUCACGGAUAGCAGAGCUUCUCACACUAUCUCGAAGGGAGAGCCCCGCCACCCAACGGAUACCGGCUGCUAGUACCCGUGAUCUUUUCCUUUCAGUCAUAACCCAAAGCUCAUGACCAUAGGUGAGGAUGGGAAUGUGGACCGACCGGUAAAUUGAGAGCUUCGCCUUCCGGCUCAGCUCCUUCUUCACCACAACAGAUCGAUACAGCGUCCGCAUUACUGAAGACGCAACACUGAUCCGCCUGUCGAUCUCACGAUCCACUCUUUCCUCACUCGUGAACAAGACUUCGAGGUACUUGAACUCCUCCACAUGGAGCGAAAUCUGUGCUUGUAUUACCGCUUCAAGUAAAAUCUAACAGUGCCAAUGUUUGAUACCUCGGUUCAACGUGACGUGACGUCACGGCCAGUUGCAGACUCGCAGCUUAAACUCUUGCUGCAUUUUUCUGUGCCAACAAGGCAACCGUGUUUCAUAGAAAGGGCUCAACGUCAAGGUUCCACUUUUCAAGGUAGCUUGAUGCUAAUUUACAUGGGAUAUGCCAUAUACAUGCUACUGAUGAGCAUUAGCACCUCCCAAUUUGAUAAUCAAAAUUUUACCAAACAGCUGGUGUGUGACUGGCACAUACGAACCCUGUUUCCGUAUGAGUUGGGAAAUUGUGUUAAAUGUAAAUAUAAACGGAAUACAAUGAUUUGCAAACCCUUUUCAACCCAUAUUCAGUUGAAUGCACUACAAGGACAAGAUAUUUGAUGUUCCAACUCAUAAACUUCUUUUUUUUUUUUGCAAAUAAUAAUCAACUUAGAAUUUAAUGGCUGCAACACGUGCCAAAGUAGUUGGGAAAGGGCAUGUUCACCACUGUGUUACAUCAUCUUUUAUUUUAACAACACUCAAUAGACAUUUGGGAACUGAGGAAACUCAUUGUUGAAGCUUUGAAAGUGGAAUUCUUUCCCAUUCUUGGUUUAUGUAGAGCUUCAGUCGUUCAACAGUCCGGGGUCUCCCCUGUUGUAUUUUACGCUUCAUAAUGCACCACACAUUUUCGAUGGGAGACAGGUCUGGACUGCAGGCGGCCCAGGAAAGUACCCGCGCUCUUUUUUUACGAAGCCACGCUGUUGUAACACUUGUCUUGCUGAAAUAAGCAGGGGCGUCCAUGAUAACCUUGCUUGGAUGACAACAUAUGUUGCUCCAAAACCUGUAUUGACUUUUCAGCAUUAAUGGUGACUUCACAGAUGUGUAAGUUACCCAUGCCUUGGGCACUAAUACACCCCCAUACCAUCACACAUGCUGGCUUUUGAACUUAGCGCCUAUAACAAUCCGAAUGGUUUUUUUCUUCUUUGUUCUGGAGGACACUAUGUCCUCUGUUUCGAAAUAUAAUUUGAAAUGUGGACUCAUCAGACCACAGAACACCUUUCCACUUUGCAUCAGUCCAUCUUAGGUAAGCUCGGGCCCAGCCAAGCCGGCGGCGGUUCAGGAUAUUGUUGAUAAAUGGGUUUUGCUCUGCAUAGCAGAGUUUUAACUUGCACUUACAGAUGUAGCGACCAACUGUAGUUACUGACAGUGGUUUUAUGAAGUGUUCCUGAGCCCAUGUGGUGAUAUCCUUUAAACACUGAUGUCGGUUUUUGAUGCAGUACCGCCUGAGGGAUCAAAAGUCCGUAAUAUCACUUACGUGCAGUGAUUUCUCUAGAUUCUCUAAACCUUUUGAUGAUUUUAGAACAACGUUGAGAAAUGUUGUUCUAAAACUGUUCGACAAUUUGGUUACAAAGUGGUGACCCUCACCCCAUCCUUGUUUGGGAAUUACUUAGCAUUUCAUGGAGGCUGCUUUUAUACCCAAUCAUGGCACCCACCUGUUCCCAAUUAGCCUGCACACCUGUGGGAUGUUCCAUAUAAGUGUUUGAUGAGCAUUCCUCAACUUUAUCAGUAUUUAUUGCCACCUUUCCCAACUUCUUUGUCACGUGUUGCUGGCAUCAAAUUCUAAAGGUAAUGAUUAUUUGCAAAAAAAACUAAGUUUAUCAGUUUGAACAUCAAAUAUGUUGUCUUUGUAGCAUAUUCAACUGAAUAUGGGUUGAAAAGGAUUUGCAAAUCAUUGUAUUCCGUUUAUAUUUACAUCUAACACAAUUUCCCAACUCAUGGAAACGGGGUUUGUACAUUGUGAUGAAUAGACUCAUUCCUGGUUAUGGCAGCAUAUCCAUCCAUCCAUUUUCUACCGUUUGUCCCUUUCGGGGUCGCGGGGGGUGUUGGAGCCUAUCUCAGCUGCAUUCGGGCGGUAGGCGGGGUACACCCUGGACAAGUUGCCACCUCAUCACAGUACGCCAGUUUGGAGGUCUUCCUCCCUCCUGGUUCCAUGGACCACCAAAAAUAGACAUGACGGCGAACAGUUUGUGACUUUGUUUUAUUCUUUCAAUAAAGCCUUCGCCUUGUCGGGUCGCUUUUCAGCUCCUCCACUGCUCGCUCUACGUCUCGCUUUUCAGCCUCACGCGUCGUCGUCUUCGUCUCGCUCUCCGUCACUUCUGCGAUGCAUGUACUGCUGGCUCUCCAACUCCUUCUGCCCCGCCGUUCUCGGCUGCGGCCCUUUUACACACUGCCAGGUGAUUAUAGAAUUGCGCCCAGGUGGGCGAUCCACGCACCUGACAUCCAUCUGCAGGUCCGCCGACCACGCCUCCUUGCCCUAGGGCGUUUCGCCUUGCUGCAGGUGUGCCGGCCACGCCUCCUUGCCGCCAUCUCGGAGUCGGCCCUGGCGUGCCCUGCCUCGCUGCAGGUCUGCCGGCCACGCCUCCUCGCAGGCAGCACAGCUGGGACACAUUUAGAUAAAAGAAUACUGGCAAAUGACAUUCAGAAGUUUAAGAAAACGAUAUAUAACAACUGGACAAUGCAGCUGAGAUAGGCUCCAGCACCCCCCGCGACCCCGAAAAGGAUAAACGAUAGAAAAUGGAUGGACAAAACAGUUAUAAGUAUUGUUCGUUUGUUUUUUUUUCAAUCAAAAAAAUUUACAUUUAUUAAAAUUGUGAAAGGUGCCCAUCCCUAUGCCACUGUAAUUAUGUCAGAAUUAACAGAUUGUAUUUGCUGUCUACAAUAUUUAACAUUUCAUUGGGCCCAAGUUGAGAUUGUAAUUAAAGUUAAUAAUAGUCUGUGUGGCAUUUCAUCCACCCCUUAAGAGUAAAAAAACAUUUUGACUAACAUCAGAAGGCCUAAACAUUUUCUAUAAACAUGACAUUUUCCAAAAAGAAAAAAAAAAUAUUAAAUGGAUUAUACUUGCAUAUCGCUUUUCUACCUUCAAGGCACGCAAAGCGCUUCGACACUAUUUCUACAUUCACCCGUUCACACACACACUGAUGUCGGGAGCUGCCUAACCACGACCCAUCAGGAGCAAGGGUGACGUGUCUUGCUCAAGGACACAACGGACGUGACGAGGUUGGUAGAAGACGGGGAUCAAACCAGGAACCCUCAUUUUGCUGGCUUGGCCACUCUCCCAACCGCCGCCACGUCGUCCCCCAACUUCACACAUCUGAAAACGUUCACUUAUAUUUCCCACUAGUUCUGUUUUAUCCUCAUUGACCUGAUAUGACGGAAAGUCUGGUCUUGGUCUGACACUUAAAACCGGAACCCAGUUGUAAAAGUUCUCCCCAGUUGUUAGUUAUUAGUCCUCCCUGGUUUGCAACAAGUCAUCCAACAUUAUUCAUUGAAGAAAUGAACAGAAUUUCUGAUUGAUGGAAUGUUGUCCCUUUUUUUUUUGGUCUAUUUUCCCCGCUGUGUUUAUUGCAUCACAUUUUCUGAAUGUUUUUGGUUUAGGGGAAUUUUCCCCGUAACUAUAUUUAUUUUAUGCAGCACUUUCUUCCGUCAGACAAACAAAACAACUAUUUUCACGAAGGACUUCCCUAAUUAGUUUAAAUUGAAAUGGAUGUCAAAACUUUUGAAUUUGUUUUUCAUAUAUUUCAAGCUGUCCAAACUAUGCAUGGGAAAAUAAAAAAACACAACAUUUCUGAGAA